AUGGCCGCCGUUCCUCCUUUCUUCACUGUACAUGACGACAUGGUUAUCUGUGGCAUUGACGAUGUGACCCUUUUCCAAGGACGCACACAAGCCGAGAGAAUUGCUUAUGAAAUAUUCACCACAACGAUGGAUAGCACCAUCGACAAACUAAACGAGGAGUUCAAAACCCUUGCAGGAUUGACGAUCGCGCAAGGACAGAUACGCUUGAUGCCAGCUAUCAAAAAGAACAUCCGCGCAUUCAUCCAAUGGUGCACAGAUGAGAUCCGCAUGGGACGAGACCCUGUCACAGCGCCAUUUCCUGUCGUUGAUGCAGCCAAAGUGCACAGAUACAUGAAAACACACGAGCAAUACGUGUAUGGCUCCAAGUUGAUGUUGCAGCAAGCGCUACCACAAGACUUCACCAACGAUGUCCAAUGGGAAGAUUGGUGCCCAAAAUUCAAAAAUUACCUUCGCACCAUACCAGUAGGAGACGGUGUGCCACUAAGUUACAUUGUGAGAAUGAACGAUGCAGGAAUACUGACCCUGCACAAAGAUUGCUUGGAAAUAUACAUCAACAUGACACCACACAUUGGCAAAGCAUACGUCAUGGACAACGCCAAAGUACUAGUCCUUCUAAGCAAGUUUACCGAGGCUGAGGCGACCCUCCAAGCCAUCAACAUUGCAGGCAAUGGAAGAGAAGCAUUCAAAGCACUACGUACCCACUAUGAUGGCAAAGGGAUACUAGCCAGCAAUAUCGUCGAAGCUGAACACACCAUCAAAGAACUGUGUUACGUCGGUGAAAAACCCAAAAUGAACUGGUCCAUGUUUGAACAAAUGCUGAAGAAAGCAUGUGCAGCAUGCGACAAACAUGAGGGGAGAGAAGUCCAUUCAGAUGCAAUGAAACUACAUAGCCUAGAAAGCAAGGUUACAGCACCAUUUCUACAACUGAACAAGACGGCAAUUGAUACAGAAAUUGGCAGAAGACCAAUGUUAAUGACUUUCACGACAGCAUUACAAAUCUACGGAACUGCAGUGAGAGAAACGUUUCCCCAAGGAACCAGCAAUGCAACCGAUAGGGGACGAUACUUGAGCGAAACUAGAGCUGACAACAAUCGCGACAGAAGCAGGAGCCGAAACGAUGGAGGAGGCAACAAACGUCGCAAUGGAGAGAAGAUCUGGUACCAUCCUAGCUACCAUUUCUCUCCGACACACCUACAAGCGUUUGCCAAUAAACAACGUGAACGCAUCACAAAGGAAAGAGCCGCAUACCGAGAAAGUCAAGGAUUGCCAGCAACAAGAACAACAAGACAGGCCGCACAAACACAACAAGUGGAAAUGCAACUGGCGGAAUUGCGAGCCGAGGUAGCAUCGAUGAAAUCAAACAACGUUCCUGCUACAAUCCCAGCCGAAGCAGCCACGCAGAUAUCACACGUGACUAUGGGAACGGCUGGAAGUACAGCAAUGGGCGGACGCAACCAACAGGCAAGCGGGAGGACCUGA